AUGGCGCCCAUCCCCAUCACCAUCGUCACAGGUUUCCUCGGAUCCGGCAAAACCACCCUCCUCCUCAAACUGAUCCCCCAACUCCCCUCCACCUACAAACUCGCCCUCCUCAAAAACGAAUUCGGUGACGUCGCCGUCGACUCCCAACUGGCCGCGACCUCCUCCAUCUCCGGGGUCCGCGAACUGCUCAACGGCUGCAUCUGCUGCAAUCUCGUCGGCCAGCUCAGCGAUGCGCUCGAGCAGCUGCGCGCCACCGUCGCGCCCGAUCGCAUCGUGAUCGAGACCUCGGGCAGCGCGUUCCCCGCCACCCUGGCCAUGGAGGUGAAUCGGUUGGCGCGCGAAGGCGCCGACUUCGUCCUGGAUGGGGUGAUCAGCGUGAUUGAUGUGGAGAAUUGGGAAGGAUACGAGGAUACGAGUUAUACAGCGAAGUUGCAGGCGCAGUAUACGGAUCUGAUUGUCUUCAAUAAGUGGGAGGUGGCCGGGGAGAGGAAGUUCGAUGUGUGUUUGGAUCGGGUCGGGGAUCUGGGGAUCGAGACGCCCUGGGUCAAGUCGGAUCGCGGGUUGGUGGACAAGGAUGUGUUGUUGGGGAUCGAUGGGGCAUUGUUUGCGAAGGAGGGGGCGGUCCGGGAUGGCGGUGCACAUGAUGACCACCACCGGGACCAUGAUCACAACAAGGAGCACCAGUCCGAGGUCGAAGUGCUCUCGGUGCAAUUGAAGAACGCUGCAGGCACGGUGGUCGAUGUCGAGGCCCUCGAACGACUCUUGCAAUCUGCGCCCAGAGAGGAAGUCUAUCGGAUCAAGGGGACCCUGCGCUGUUCUGCGGCCGUGCCACCCAUGGAAUCAUCCGAUGAGCCCAACUCCAGAAAGCCCGCGGAGUCCUCCGAAUCCAGGUACUAUAUUCUCAAUUGGGCCUUUGGCCGAUGGACGUGCACACCCUCGGCGGUCGUGGCGGAGUCGGCGGACGAGUCGGUGGCUGCUCGGUUGACGUUCAUCCUGGCUCGUUACGAAUCGGCCAAGUGGAAGAAGAAGUUGGAGGCCGGGGAUCUGGUGCAAGUGGGUGGCCGUGGAGACCCCGAGUUGGUUGUGGAGAGAUUGGUCUAG